UGGGAGCGCGCAUCCAGCCGGUGGUAGCUGAAGGAAUCCGGCUGAAGGCUGAGGUCUGGUCAGCGGGUCACUCAGUGUCGGAAACACGCGUGGAAGCAGCCGCGGAGCAGCUCAGCGGUGUGGCCUUUCACUUGCAGCGGGAGCAGAGACAUCUAUCUGUGGACUAACAUGAUGGCCGUGCUGGGCAGCGCCGGUCGCCUCAUCCAGUUUGCGAGGAGCAGCGUCAGUCUCAGCGUGAGGCGACGAUCCACAGCUGCUGCUUUGGCUCAGAGUGCAGCUCCGGAAACACAAGAAAACAGGAAACCUAAAACCGGCAUCCUGAUGCUGAACAUGGGCGGACCAGAGAAGCUGGAAGACGUUCACGACUUCCUGCUGAGACUCUUCAUGGACACAGACCUGAUGAAACUUCCUGUUCAGAAUAAACUCGGUCCGUUCAUCGCUAAGCGCCGGACGCCAAAGAUCCAGGAGCAGUACAGUAAAAUCGGAGGAGGUUCUCCCAUCAAACACUGGACGUCCAUGCAGGGAGAAGGGAUGGUGAAGCUGCUGGACGAGAUGAGUCCUGAGACGGCUCCUCACAAGUUCUACAUCGGCUUCCGGUACGUCAAUCCGCUGACGGAGGAGGCCAUCGAGGAGAUGGAGAAGGACGGAGUGGAGAGAGCUGUGGCCUUCACCCAGUAUCCCCAGUACAGCUGCUCCACCACAGGUAGCAGCCUGAAUGCCAUCUACCGUUACUAUAGCAACAGAGCCGACAGGCCCAAGAUGCGAUGGAGCGUCAUCGACCGCUGGCCGACACACCCUCUGCUGGUCGAGUGUUUUGCAGAACAUGUCAGUAACGAACUGUUGAAGUUUCCAGAAGAGAAAAGAGACGACGUCGUCAUUCUUUUCUCAGCACAUUCACUUCCUAUGGCUGUAGUAAACAGAGGUGACCCGUAUCCUCAGGAGGUUGGAGCCACAGUUCAGAGAGUCAUGGAGAAACUAGGCCACUGUAACCCAUACAGACUGGUGUGGCAAUCCAGGGUCGGACCGAUGCCGUGGCUCGGACCGCAGACCGACGAGGUGAUCAAAGGCCUCUGUGAACGAGGGAAGAAGAACAUCCUGCUGGUGCCGAUCGCCUUCACCUCGGACCACAUAGAGACGUUACACGAGCUGGACAUCGAGUAUGGACAGGUGCUGGGAGAGGAGUGUGGUGUGGAGAACAUCAGGAGAGCAGAGUCUCUGAAUGGGAAUCCUCUUUUCAUGAAGGCGUUGGCCGAUCUGGUCCAGUCCCACCUGAAGUCCAACGAACCCUGUUCCCGCCAGCUGACCCUUCGCUGCCCACUGUGCACCAACCCGACCUGUGGACAGACCAAGGCCUUCUUCGCCAACCAGAAACUAUCGUAGAAACAUGGACCUGUAGAAAGCAACGGGGCGAGUGGUGGAGAAACUAAAGCCUUCUUCUACAAACUUCAUAAAUCACACAAACAACACACAGAGUCUUCGCCAGCAGGAGUGUCGGCAACCUAGAAAAUCUAACACAAAGAGCGAAUGAAAUGGUCUCUGCAGAUGGAUCUACUGUUUCUGGAAGCACAGGUGUCAGUUUUAGUCUUUUAUUUAAAUUUGUACCUGAAGCAGAUCAGCUCAACUCUAAAUGUAGUUUGGUUAUUCCAUCUCAAAUCAUCAGGACCCUUCUGCUGUCAUAAUCUUUGAAUAUUAAUAAAGAUUUUUGUGGAGUUUUAGCUUCAUAUGUCAAAACCUUUCUGAGAUAUUUUUUUUUUAAUAAUCAGACAUCGACCCACUUUCAGCAGGCUUUUCCUCACAUUGAAAUUCAAGGCUGUUUGAACAGAAAUAUCUCAGAAACUACUAAAGAUAAGAGCCUGAAAUGUUCACAGUUAUUUCUCAUCAUGUCAUUGAUUCAGAAUCUGAAAUAUUAUGGCUAUGUUAUGUUAACAGGAGCUGAAGUUCAGUUUGUCAUUUCCCACUGUGCAGGAUUAUUUCCUCUGAGUAGUGGCGAGUGGAAAUGUGGAAAAAAGUCAUGAAAAGUUCCAUCUUUGAGCUAAUAUUAACAAAAAAAUGACAAUCUGGAAGUCAGCUAGUGGUAUUUUCUGAACCACAUGUAGCUGCAGGUCACAAUAAUACCAAACUGAACAUAUAGAAGACUUUAAUAUGAAAUACUUGAUCACAAAAAUGAAAAAGUUGAGCUUUCAUGUCAAUUUUUCAUAUUUCUACUCCUCUUUAAUCAGAGAUUAUUCGAUCUACUUGUCCAGUAUUACAGAUUCUGAAUCAAUGACAUAAUGAGAAAUAACAGUGAAAAUUCCAGGCUUUUAUUGUGAAGAGUUCCUGAGAUAUUUAUUGUUCUAACAGACUCAAAUUUCAACGUGAGGAAAAACCUGCUGAAAGUAGGUCGCCAGGUGAUUUUAAGAACAAAUAUCAUGGAAAGCAUUUGGUAUAUUGAGCUAAAAUUUCACACAUAUCUUCAUAAAUAUUCAUAUUUUCUGCUGUAAAAUCAGAGACAGUCGAGCAGAAAAACACUGAUGAUUUUUAGAUGGAACAAAUCUGCUGAAACUAACAUCCGCCUUUAAAAAAAAGCACUAAAUGCUUCCUGAAUUUUGUCAUUUCGUGAAAAGCAUUGCAGCACUUGCUUGGAUUAAAACCUCGCUAAGGUUUGCAGACACUCUUCAGAAAAACAGCGCAAAGCUACAGGAAGAAGAUUCUUGCACUAUUUUAUUUUAUUUUGUUUUGUGUGUUUUAAUAUUUCAUUUCUCUGCUUCACAUUCCAUCACUCAGCUAACCGUAAACCCCCAUCAGACGCCCUCGUUCUGUUAGCAUCGGUGCUACAUGAUUAACAUCGCCACCAACAAGGGUUCUGGUUGGUCGGCUACUUUUUCCUCGCACGUCGCUUCACGCCAUUGGCCCGCCAGCCAGUAACCCCGCCCAUCCUGCUGCAACCCCUGCAAUGUGAUUGGAGGAGGUUGGUGCUGCUCGAAACGCUGCUGCUGCCCGAUAGUCGGAUAAAAGCGAGUUUAAGAACGAAAUAAAGACCGAUUUAGGGACGGGAAGAUUCAACAAAUUAAAAGCAUGAAUCUACGUUUUGAUUUCUGCAAUAAAACACAUUUUAACUGCAGUCGAGCAAGAAGACAAGUCAAAAACGUGAGAUGGUUCACAAGCUCGGAGAAAUAUGUUAAAGUCCAGACAGCAUGUACAUCGGGAUAAUAUUCAGGCUUUAGAUUGACUUAAUUCAACUUUUACCAUCUCAGAAAUCUGAUUUUAAAGUCAGAAGUUUUACAUUAAAGUCAGAAUUCUGAGUUUAAUCUCGGUUUAAUUUAAGAUUAAACUCGAAGCUAUAAUUAAAUCCUGAGUUCAGACUUCAGCGUAAAAAUUCACAUUUAUGAGAGAGUUCCAGAUUAAACUGAGAUUAAGCAUAGGAUCUGGACCCUUUUUAAUCUCAGAAAAUAGAUUUUAACAUUGGAAUUUUUACAUAAAAAUCUGAAUUCAGAUUUUUUUUUGUAGAAAUCCAGACUUUAAUCUUAGAUUUCUGAGGAAAAAAAUAAUAAUUCUUAGUCUUAGAUUAAAUUGAAAUUAAACUCUGACUUCUAAAUUUAAGUUAAAAAUUCCGACUUCAGUCUCAGAUUUCUGAGCAAAAACUCAAAAUUCUGACUUUCACAUUAGACUGAGAGUUCUAGGACUUCCUUGAUGUAUUCGGUCUUUACAAGCGGAUGUCAACUUUUUUCCUAACUGUACACCACUUCCUUGUAGUAACGUCUGUUUUAGAUAAGUGUAGGACAAAAAGACGAGUGUAAAGCUCCAAGUACGCUGGAGUCGUCCGCUAAUAACAAUAAAACGCAGAUAAGUGUAGUGUGUCGAGUGUAGAUUUACUGUUUCUGUAUCGACUGAGGAAAUUCUGCUCAACGAAAACCUCGUUGUUUGUUUUUGAUCUCUACGUUAAACCUGAGAACCCCUAAUUUAACCAGUCGAUAAACUGAGAAAAGUCUUGAAGGUUGAUGAGAAUAAUUGUCAAAAGACAACAAACGUGGGCAGUAACUUGACCUCUGACCCAGCCGCCCGUGAUAAUGUGCCUUUACACUGGCUGACUAGAAAUACUGGACUUGUGCUUUAUGUACAUUUUAUUAUUAUUAUUAUUUGUUUUUGUUUGUUUUUGCUUAACCAAAAUGCUGGCGGGAAAAAUCCACCCUGAAAUGUGAACUUACAUGUUGCUGCUGUGAUCUGAGUCGUCGUUCUUUGUUUUUUUUUUUUUUUUCUGCUUCCACUCGUUCAGAAACACACUUUACAGCAAAAUAUUGAGCGGAGUCACUCUUCAGCUCUUCCACAGCUUCAUAGGGAUCAUUGGGUUUUUUGGGGGAACACUUUGGUCCAGGAAAACUUUCACGCGGCUAAGCUAAGUUAGGCUAAUGUUGUCACGCAGGAAAACUUUUGUGCAGAAGCUAAGUUAAGAUAGGCUAAUCUUGUCACACAAGAAAGCUUUCGUGCGGCUACGCUUGACUAAUCUUGUCACGCAGGAAAGCUUUUGUGCAAAGGCUAAGUUAAGGUAGGCAAAGGAAAGCUUCUGUGCAGAAGCUAAGCUAAGUUAGGCUAAUCUUGUCAUGCAGGAAAGCUUUUGUGAGUCUAAGCUAAGCUAGGCUAAUGUUUUCACGUAGUAAAGCUUUUGUGCAGAAGCUAAGCUAAGUUAGGCUAAUCUUGUCAUGCUGGAAAGCUUUCGUGGGCUAAGCUAAGCUACUGUUGUUAUGCAACGCUUUCACGCUGGCAUAUUGCUAAGACAGAUGCUAAAUUCCUCUAAAAACAAAACAAAAUCCAAGCUGUCCCUUUAUCUCGACAAGUUUAGAAACGGCGAAAUGUUUGGGUCACUGCAGGACGACAUGCUAAUCUCUGAAGGGUGGUUGUUUCCUAAUUUGUUUUUAUUUAUCCUCUGUAAGUCAUUUUCAACAACUGUUGUUUUAAAUCAGUUGUGUGUGUUUAGCUGCUGUGUGCAGAGAUUGUACAUAUGACAAAGAUGCUUCAAGUUUUUUUCUUGCAGCUCCGGCGGGCUUUUAUUUUGUUAAUGUCGUUUGGUUCUAUUUAUUUUGGGAUUUUAUUUUCUGUUUCUGUGUCACUGAGCAAACGAAAGAUCACCUGUCUCCACUGUUGGGUCAUGUUUUGUUUUUUUUAAAAACAUAUUUGAAGACAUGGUAUUAACAGUGCAAUUACACGUAACAAGUCUUCCUUCAGAAUAAAAGACAAUAAUUAAAAAUCUCUCA